UCAACAUGGCAUUUCAAGCUUAUCCUCUAGAAAAGUGCCUGUGCCUCUUCAUACGUAGUCGGGGGGAUCUCACCACCCUCGCCUAAAAUUCAUCAAAUUAUAACUCACCCAAACCCAACAUCUUUGUAGCUCGACUCCCUAAUAACUUUAUUUUUUUCCUUGCGAACAAUCAAUCUCCCUCCUUGUCCUCACUCCUUGGCGAGCCUCAACCCGUUAUCGUCGCACCCAGUCGAGUCAGCCUCUCUACCCUGAUCAGACUCGUCCUUCCCUCCUACGUACGCGGUAGUCUCAUUGUCCUUCACCUCAAACAAUGUCAUCCCCAUCCUCCACAGGUUCCGCCAAACGGAAACGGUCAACCGUCUCUGACCGGCUGAAGUCAUCCACUGUGGAACUUCAGCAGCCAUCUUCGCGAGAUGCGUCAGGGGAAGAGCUAGCCGAAUCUCCCACACACAAUCCUCGAACCCGCAAGCACGGUUCCAGCUUGUCCCACGACAGUGCGGUGCCUCCUAGCAAACGAGCUCGAACACGAUCGGGUGCUAAGCCCACUGAACCCAAUGGAAACUCAACCACAGACGUCUCCAUUGACGAUUCCGCUGAGCUUCUGAGUUCUACGGAUGAUAGUGACGGCAUAGAGGACAAAAAUGACCCAGCCAAUGAACAUGUCGCAGAAGGUGACAAGGAGAUAGAGGCUCCUCCAAAAGCUGGGCUCAGAGAUCCUGUCGGUGGUUACAAGACCAACCCUCCUCCGCAGGGAAGACCUGUGCGUGUGUAUGCGGACGGCGUAUUUGAUCUAUUUCAUCUUGGACACAUGCGCCAGUUGCAGCAAGCCAAAACUGCCUUUCCUGACACUUAUUUGAUCGUUGGCGUGACAGGAGAUGCGGAAACACACAAGAGAAAAGGACUCACUGUCCUGACCGGUGCAGAAAGAGCCGAAACCGUCCGCCACUGCAAAUGGGUCGACGAAGUUAUCCCCAGCUGCCCAUGGAUCGUCACUCCCGAGUUCCUUGCCAAGCACAACAUCGACUACGUUGCUCACGAUGAUGAACCCUACGGUGCUGACGAAGGCGAUGAUAUCUACGCUCCCAUCAAAAGAGAGGGCAAGUUUCUCGUCACCCAACGUACCGAAGGUGUCUCCACCACAGGCAUCAUCACCAAGAUCGUGCGAGACUAUGAAAAGUACAUCGCUCGACAAUUUAAGCGAGGAACCAGCCGACAGGAAUUGAAUGUCAGUUGGUUGAAGAAGAAUGAACUCGACAUUAAACGUCACGUAGCAGAGUUGCGAGACAGUAUCAAGAACAAUUGGACCACCGCCGGUGGCGAGAUCGGUCGUGAUCUCCGACAAUUCUGGCAGAGCAGUAGACCUGCAAGCCCGGCUCCGUUUAAUCGGCAACUUGGUGACGGAUUGCGAAGUCCUGGCGGUGGCGCUGUCAGUGCUGUCGACCAUCUCCGACAUCUCGAGGUUCCUGGAAAUGGCGAUCGGCGAAGCGAUUCUCCUGGUAGACUGAGUCGAAGCGAAGACUUUGCUGCUGGGUAUAGCCUUGGUUUGAUAGGAGGGGUGAAAUCAUGGAUGAUGCGUAGGAGGCGUUCACUCCGAGACAGCCAAGCACCCAGCCCAGAGGCAAGUGAAGACGACGAGGCUAGAAGUCCUCUCAGCAAUGACGGAGAAUCCUUCAACCUCAAGACCCCUCCCACACGUGGAAGGAAGGGAAAAUCCAGUGACGGGCUACGUGAUCCCGAACGAGAGACUCUCGAUGUUCUGCAUUAAUCUCUCAAAUUUUCUGGACCCGCCAUCGACCUCUUUCCUAGCAAAAGGAGAGCGCUGAACUGUCUUGCCCUCUUCGAACUCAACCAAGUUCGAACAAACUACUAUCUCUAUGGAUUCCUUUCCCAGUGUUGUUUUACCACAACAUGAAAAAUUCCUGGUUUUUAUAAAAACAUGCAAGCAGGCAAUUGAGCAAGUGUAAUUGAUCAACUGAGUAUACACCCUUGGAAGGCGCAGGAGGAGAGCGAAGGCGCACCAAGAUGGGGGAUUAAAGAAAAGCAAUCCUUUGGGCUGGAUACUUAAAAGUCGUUGUGUUUCGUCAAACGUUCUAUGCUAGAAAGAACUCGAAUUACUAUUAUUACUUUAUUUUAGACCAUUGAUAUGCACGUUGGCAGGCUACAAACACCACUUCAGUAUACUGAAGACUUGUCACGCAACUAUAGCCAUACAGUGGCUGUGGGUACUACGAGCUAGAAGGUCAUUUUGAUCGUCAAAGAGAUCUAUCGUUCUCUUGUGGUUAUAAUCGAGAGGUAUCAU